AUGUCGUCGACUACCACACAGAAAAAGAUUGUUUUCCGGAAUUCUAAUCGUCCUUCGAGUUACGAUAUCAGGAACCUCAACCCUUUCUCAGCCAUUCGAGACACGACAAUCAAAACAGAUCGCUUGCGGGACCAGAACACAGCGACUCCCGUGGCUCCGACGCCAUCCCCGGCGCCUCGUCCGCGUGAAUCCAUCCUCCCUUCCACUCCUGCUCCAGCUUCUGCUCCAACCCCUGUUCCUACUUCUGCUCCAACCCCUGUUCCUACUUCUGCUCCAACCCCGGAUCCUGCGCCGGCUCCUGUCCCGGAUUCUGUCCCGGCCGCUGUCCCAGACCCGGCUCCCAGCCCAGUUCCUAGCGAAAAGCCAACAGAGCAGCCCACCAACCAUCAAGAUGAGCAGACCUCGCCCCGUCGGCGGAAGUAUAUAACCCGUCCAAACACACCCAUUGCCGAGAAUGACACGCCUCCCCUCGAAACCCCCAGUGUCAGACAGACACGCCCUCAGCAAAAAGACGCCCCAGCCCCCAUGACCCCCAUCCCCGAGGAGGCCACGACGCGAUUCGACGAACUCACGCUCGGACUCCAAGCCCUCAUGGACAAAGUGAAAGUGAUCGAGCAGGAACUGCCCGAUCCGACUGCCCUUGCUGAAAAAGAGCAGGAGAUCGAGACUCUGCACGCGUACAUCAUGUCGCUGGAGGCUCGGCACAAGCGCGGCAAAGAGCUCCUAUCGAGCAGGGAGAUUCAGAUCCUGCAGCUGCAGAGCCAGCUGAGUACGGAGCGGAGCAGCGCCGCGUAUUUGAAGACCGAGUUGGCGAGCUAUGAGGAAGAGCGCGCGGGGCUGGAAGAGCAGGUGCAGAAGGGUAAGCAGGCGGUUGGGCGGCUGGAGGAGGAGAAGAGGCAGGUGAAUGAGCUACUGCACGAGAGUGAGAGUAGUAAUUCGCUUCUGUACGAGGAGCUGGGUGCGUCUGAGGCGGAGAAUGAGAAUCUGGUGAGAAUGCUGGACGAGGCGAAUGCGGCGAUACAUCGUUUGAGGGCCGAGAAGGUCGAGGAUGGAUUGUUCAUUCAGAGGUCGCAGCAGUGGCUGGCGGAGUCUGAGGCGCGGAAUAAUCUGCUGGAGAAGGAUGCUGGGGUAGCUCAGUCUGAUGUAGUGAAUGCGAAGAAGAUGGCAGAAAUGGACGAGAAAUUCCAGAAGGAGCGCGACCAGUGGUCUGACAUCUUCGAUACGCAGAGAAUCCAGAUCGCGAAGCUCCAAGAUAAAAUCAUGCAGCUACAGGAGGACAUCGAGCGGCUUCAUGGAGAACGGGCUAAGCAUGUUGAGAUCGAGAAUGUCAACCAGAUGCUUAGGGCUCAGGUUACUUUUUUGAAGUUUCAGCGAGUGACAUUGAAUCGAAAGACUACGAAGACUGAAUGUCAGCUCAUCGAAACUCAGGAUCGCCUGGCUAAAUUGCAAAACGCAAACGAAAGCGGAGAAACUUCUGCGGAAGAAGCAAAGGCCCAAAGCCAAGGCUCGAUCUCAUCAUGGUUGUUGGGAGGGAAACGAUCUUGA